AUGGAGACCCGGCUCCUGCUCGGGGCGCUGCUGUGCGUCUGGCUGCCGUCGGCCUUGUCUCCAUGGGGCGCCUGGGCGCAGCUCCCUGCCGACGGGGAUGUGCCGCUCCGCAGCCGAGGCAGCGCCGGGGGACCUCGGACAGGAGAGGGCCUCUCCGCGGCGAUGCAGGAGUCUGGAAUGGCAAUUUAUAACACCUCAUCUACUACAAUGUCCUUAUCUCGGAACAGGAGACUUCACAAUAUGAAAUGUGGACCAUCCAAUUCACUUACAUGUUUUAAUGGAGGUGAGUGUGUCUACAGGGAGCUGUGCAACUGCAGUCGAUUUAAUGCAACUGGACCGAGAUGCCAGACAGUGUAUAACACAGGUGCUGAAAGAGAUCAUAUAUGCAGAACAUGGGGCCAGUAUAAUUUUGAAACUUUUGAUGGACUCUAUUAUUAUUUUUCUGGGAAAUCUUCAUACGCACUUGUGAGACAUGCGGAAGCAGAUGAACAGAGCUUUUCCAUACAGGUGAAUAAUGAUCCUGAAUGCCAUUCUUCUCCUUAUUCCUGCAAAAGGUCCAUUAGUUUAUUCUUUUCUGGAGAUGAACAGAUAAAGAUGAGCAGUGAAGUCACCUAUAAAGGCUUUGGAGUACGAUUACCUCAUAUUAUUGGAAACUUACACAUCCAGAAACUAGCUGGAUACUUCCUAGUCAGGCACCAGUAUGCCUUUACUCUGGCAUGGGAUGGUACAUCUGCAGUAUACAUCAAAAUGGCACCAGAGUACCUGGGCAAAACUCAUGGACUGUGUGGAAACAAUAAUGCUAUUCUGCAGGAUGACCUUGAAACUAGUUAUGGAAAACUGACAGAUGAUGUAACUGAAUUCGUAGAGAGUUGGCAGGAAAAUCCUCCACAAGGAACACCCAACUGGGAUAAAUCUCUUCUCAAUGAACCACCGUGCCUGACACAAACCCAUGAAUCUCUACAGAGGACAUAUGCUCUGUGCAAUAUCCUGUUACAUCCCCCAUUUAAACAAUGUCAUGAAUAUGUGAGUCCUCUUUCUUUUAUGGCAAGCUGCACAAAUGAUCUUUGCAUGUCAGCAGUUGAUAAUGCAACUUGGUGUCGAGCACUAACUGAAUAUGCCAGAGCGUGUGCCCAAGCAGGGAAGCCACUUCAUGGAUGGCGUGUGCACUUCGAGCAGUGUGUCAUUACCUGUACUGAACCCUUGACCUACAAUGAAUGCAUCAACUGCUGUCCUGUUUCAUGUCAUCAGCAAUCACAAUGCAUUGACAGUGAGCUUUCCUGUGUUGAUGGAUGUUACUGUCCAGAUGGCUUAAUUUAUGAAAAUGAAUUGUGUGUCAAACCUAUGGACUGUCCUUGUGACUACCAUGGAAGUUUCUUUGAAAUGGGUUCAGUGGUUUUUGAGGAAUGUAAUAACUGCACCUGCACUGGAGGAAAGUGGAUCUGUACAAAUCUUACGUGUCCAGCUGAAUGCUCAGUUUCAGGAGACACACAUUUCAUGACCUUUGAUGGGCGCAAAUACACUUUCCAAGCUCCCUGCCAGUAUAUUCUAGCCAAGAGCCGUACAUCUGGAGCAUUUACCGUAUCCUUGCAAAAUGCUCCUUGUGGACAGAACCAGGAUGGAUCAUGUAUCCAAUCAGUCAGCCUUAUUCUUAAGCAGGAUCCCAAGAGGCAAGUGACUCUGACUCAUUCAGGAGAUGUUUUGAUAUAUGACCAAUACAAAAUUAACCUACCUUAUGCAGAUGAAUUAUUUGAAAUACGGAAAGUGUCCUCUGUAUUUCUGCAAGUAAAGACACACAUUGGAUUACAGAUCCUGUACGACAGAGAAGGACUGAGGCUUUACCUUCAAGUGGAUGAACGGUGGAAGGACGAUACCACGGGCCUUUGUGGAACCUUCAAUGGGAAUACAGAGGAUGAUUUUUUAUCUCCAGUUGGAGUAACUGAAAGCACUCCAGAGCUGUUUGGAAACACGUGGAAGACUUCAUCGGCGUGCAUUGUUGUGCAUGAUAGUUCACAAAUGGAUCCCUGUGAUAUUCAUCUGCAGGCAGCCUCUUAUGCAGCGGAAGCUUGUAGCAUCCUUACGAAAGAUCUUUUUGCUCCAUGCUACCCCUAUUUGAGUCCUGUUCCCUAUUUUGAGCAGUGCAGAAGAGACACUUGCAAAUGUGGACAGACUUGUUUUUGCUCUGCUCUGGCCCAUUACGCUCAUCAUUGCCGAAGGUUCGGAGUUGUAAUAGAUUUCAGAGGAGCUGUCCCAGAGUGUGCUCUUUCAUGUGAAGAUACAAAGGAGUACAGUACUUGUGUAUCUACCUGUGGCAGAACCUGCCAAGCACUGUCUGUGCCAGAGACAUGCAGCAGUGAUUGUGUUGAAGGCUGUGCUUGUCCCUCUGGAAUGUAUUUGAAUUCCAAGACUGAACGGUGUGUACAGAGGAAUGAAUGCCCAUGUUAUUUUCAAGGAAUUGACUAUCCCCCUGGAGAAAUUGUUAUGACGUCUUUAGGUAAAUGCCAUUGCAGUGAUGGAGUAAUGAAUUGUGAUAACAACGUAAUAGCACACAACUGCCCAGUUGGACAGAUUUAUAUUAACUGCACAAGUAAUCCACAAGUUGAUCCUGAACUCAGCAGAGAGAGAACUUGUGAAAAUCAGCUGCUAAACCUCACUUUCUCAGCACACCUUCCUUGUGUGUCAGGUUGUGUCUGCCCACCGGGUCUUGUUAAACAUGGGGAAGUGUGCUUGGAUGCAGAUGAAUGUCCAUGUUCAUGGAAAGGAAAGGAAUAUUUUCCGGGUGACAAAGUAAUUUCUUCCUGUCAUACCUGCAUUUGCCAGCAUGGAUCAUUUCAGUGCACCUUCCACCCUUGCCCAUCAAUGUGUACUGCGUACGGGGACCGGCAUUACAGAACGUUUGAUGGACUAACUUUUGACUUCGUUGGAACUUGUAAGGUUUACCUAGUUAAGGGUACUUCUUCAACCAGUCUUUCUGUUAUUAUAGAGAAUAUUGACUGCUUUAGUACUGGAAUCAUUUGCAGAAAAAACAUUUUCAUUAAUGUUGGAAAAUCUUUUUUAGUAUUUGAUGAUGAGACAGGAAAUCCAAGCUUAUCUAGUUACAUAGACCACGUACAAAAAAUGCAGUUAUGGAAAGCUGGGUUUUUCACUGUUGUUCAUUUUCCUGAUGAACAUAUCACCAUUCUUUGGGAUCAGAGAACAACAGUUCAUGUCCAGAUGGGUCAUCAGUGGCAGGGUGAAUUGACUGGAUUAUGUGGAAAUUUUGAUUUGAAGACAGUAAACGAAUUGAGGACUCCAGAUAAUUUUGAAUUAACAAACUCCCAAGAGUUUGGAAACAGCUGGACAGCUGUAGAGUGUGUUGACAGCUCUGACAUUCGAAAUCCAUGCAGUUUGAAUCCCCUUAGAGAACCAUUUGCCAAGAAGGAAUGUGGAAUACUAUUAAGUGAAGCAUUUGAAGCUUGCCAUCCAGUGAUUGACGUCACCUGGUUUUAUUCCAACUGCUUGACAGAUACGUGUGGUUGUAACCAAGGAGGUGACUGUGAGUGUUUCUGUACAAGUGUAUCAGCAUAUGCCCAUCAGUGCUGCCAGCAUGGAGUUGCAGUAGACUGGAGGUCCCCUAGAGUGUGUCCAUAUGAUUGUGAAUAUUUCAACAAAGCUCUGGGAAAGGGCCCGUACAAGCUGGUCAGCUAUUUGGAUGGAAAAUUUCUGAUGGCAGUGAAAUCGAUGGAUGGUGUUGUUUUCCCAGUGAGAGAAGAAGAUACUCUUCCUGGACAUGCAGUGAGCUUUAUGUUGACUUCAGGACUUUAUAAACCCAAAGCACAUGAUUCCAACUUGAUUUCAUUUGAAACAGCUGAGAGACCAAACUAUUUUCUUCAUUUGGUCUCCAAUAAUACUCUUGUUCUUUCUAAAUGGAAAAAAACUGAAGAGUUUCACAACAGGUCUACAUUUGUCAUUCACAAGAAUACAUGGCUUUCAGGAUACAGUUCCUUUGAGUCAUUUGCAAAACCAGGAUAUUUCAUCCACAUUUCAUCCUCUUCAGUUGAGCUUUUGAAGUACCAUCAUUCAGAGGAAUUCAGACUGUCAACCCUUUUUAAACUUGUAGAUGUCAAAUUUAAAUUUCUGUCCCGUUCUACUUGUGAAUGGCAUUAUGAUGCCUGUACAAGCCCUUGUUUCAAGACAUGUAGAGACCCUUUUGGAAAAAACUGUCAAACAGUACCAAAAGUGGAAGGAUGUAUCCCUGCCUGCCCUCUCAAUAUGUUGCUGGAUGAAAUCACUCAAAGAUGCGUGUAUUUUGAAGACUGCAUUGAACCUGCAGAUGAUAUUCCACCUUUGCCUCCCAGCAUUCAAACACCAGCAGUUCAACACAUAACAUCAAGUGCAAGUUUGGCAUCGAUCAGUGAAGUGUUAACUUCGUUUCAUGUACCUGAAGCAAAGGACGUGGAAACAACACUUGCUGCAAAAUUGCAGCUUACUGCAACUACAGGGAAAACUGAAUUUUCAGCUGUUACAUCUAGUACAACACUUCCAACAAUAAGUUUAUCAUCAAACAUUUCAUCACAGUCAACAGAAAUGACAUCUGGGGGAAGCACUACAGCAAUAUCUGGGACAACAAAAUCUAGUGUAAGCUUGUUUGCUUCUGUUGACACUUCUCCUGUGUUUCCAUCAGCUGUCAGUUCAGAAACUUCCACAAAGAUACAAGUGAUCAGUAGUGGUUCCACUAAACUAUUGAGGGCCACAGAACCUCAGACACUAACUGCUACAUAUGCAGUGACUACAAGCACAGAAUCAGAAAGCAAACCAAUUGCUACUUCUAUUUUUACUGGGACACCGCUCAUACUUAGAACAACAGAAAUGCCAGUCAAAACUAAAACAGUGGAAAUAUCAGAAAUAGCCAUAAGAACACUUCCCACAAAAGAAGCACAAGUGAAGCCAGAAGGAGUUAUAAGGUUUACACCCAGUUCAUUUGAAUCAAUAACAGAUAAAACUACUGCCUAUGUGCCACAGUUUUCCAGAUCACCACCUCUGGAUGUGCCUUCAUAUACAACACCAGUAAACUUAACAGGAACUUUGGAAGGGACAAAAAUCAGCGUAGAACAGUCUUUUAGCACAGUAACUAAUGUUACAGUAACAUCAGUUUCUCCUAUGCUCACUACUUCAUCUUUAUUAAAACCAGUGUCUUCAGCAACAGCUGUUUUAACCAAGGAAACUGUGAAGACAACAUUUUCACCAACAUCUAUGCCAUCUAUUUCAUUAGGAAAGGCAACUAUAGAACCUCCUUUUGUAAUGGUUCAGCACCUGACUGGUACUCCAGAGGUACCUUUCACUACAACUCUAGGUCCAAAGAAGACAACUGUACAAACUCAAGAGAGAUCAUCAGAAACAACUUUAUCAUUUGCAACUCAUAAAAAGGAAAUUCCCAAAACAACAUCUCAUGUGGAGCAUACAUCAGGUUCCUAUUUCCCUCCAUAUUCGCUAUACCCUAGUUCUACAACUGAAAAAUUUUUCACUCUUUCUACAAAAAGACCUUCAGUAUCUGUUCCUACUCCUGCUUCUCCAGCUUCAGGUGAAUUUAAAAAAACAUUUAAAACUGUUUCGACUACAGGUUACCCCUCAUACACAGUUCUAAAUACAACACAGUUCCUGACUACAUUAUACACGAAGUAUCCUGUUGUGGCUGAGACUAUCAGAGUGACACCUUUGUCUGUUAAGGAAACAUCCAGAAUAACAUCCCCUCCUGAAUUAGCAGCAAAGACAACUUUGUUUUCUGGAAAAGCAUCUACUGAAUACAAGUCAACUCUGGUUUCAAGUACAGCGAAGACAAGCACUUCAGCAUAUUCAGGUAGUGUUACCACAUCAGAAAUGAAAACCAAAGAAACCACCACAGUUCCUUUUGUAGCUACAGAAAGAGAAUCAUCUCAAAGAACAUCCGUCACUGGAUCUCCACUUGCUCUCCUUAGUGGGACUGAAACCACAUUCUUGACAACACAGCCUGAUAAAUCAGAAGUGGAAAGUAUUACUACCAUCUCUACUAGAAAGCCAUCUGCCUUGACUUUUUCACCAUCAAGUUCUCUAAUCCCUUUAAACAUUUCUCUUCCUUCACUACCCUCAGAUGGAAAAGAAAUAUCUCUGACAACUCUCAGUCCCAUGCAUACAUCCCACGUUGUACUUCCAGUAACAAAGUCUUCUUACACUUUCUCUGCCUCUCAGUAUCUAGGAGAUAAAUCAGUUUCUUCACCUUUAACACAACGGAUACCAGAAGUAACAACCAGACCAAAAUAUUCAAUAGAAACUAAAACAGUUUCUACAGCACUGAAACCUGCAGUCCAAAGUAUAACAGAUACAGUGAAACUUACAGCAGCUGCAGCUCAGCCAUCCCUGCCCCCAUCUUCAGCAGGCCCCUUCUCUUGGCAGACAUCUUCAGUACAGACCACAAAGACCAUGGUUAUACCACAUUUUUCUACUCAGAAGAUUAUGGAACUUGAUCAUCGGACUUCUGAACCUUCCCUGAUGAGCCAGAGCAUUACCCCAGUUUACCAAUAUCCUGCAGAAACACUAACAAAAUCCACCGAUCAGCCACAACAUGUCUUUAGCACGACUGAAGCUACAGCAAAACUGCCUUCCUUAUACCCCUUAAUGACCUCGCUACCAGAGGGCAUUCAUUCAAGUAUAUUGCCUUCCUCAGUAGGUCCUACAAAAGUUAUUUUACCAACUGAAAAAUAUUUGCAUUUAACUGAUUCGGUCACGCAGCCACAUGAAUUGAGAACUUCUGUUUUGCAGUCUACAGUCCCAACUAGAACAACAGCUGACUUUAUUUUUGGCACCAAAAUUCCCUCUUUCUCACCAAAAGUGCUUGCAACUUCCUCUUCUUUAACAACAAUUAAAAAGGAGCCAUUUCCUUCAUUUUCCACACAAAAGGCAGCUACGGAUCUAAAAUUCACACACCAGGCCUUGUUUUCUGAAUCACUUGAUUCAAGACAAACACUUGAAACAACCUCAUCUUCACCAGGUCCUAAGUCAACCUCUUCAAUGGUUUUGUUACCAGAAACAACAGAAAUUCCCAUUGUGAUGGGGGGUGGGCCAUCCACAUCAACAAGCAAAAGCGAUACAGAGAAAACUGCAGUGUUACCUAAGCAGGUCACACCUUCAGCCACCACCUUCAGUUCCACGUUUGUAGCAAGUACAGCUGCAGCUUCAGCCUCUUCAAUGAUAAGCAGUGCUGGGCAAAAUCUUAGUAUUGCAUCAGCAAUUUUAGGCAAAGCAGAAGCGGUCACAGAACCCAUCACAAGUGCUAUGAAGCCCACUUCUGUUACUUCAGAAGCAACAGGAGCUGUGCCCCUUGACACAGUAAAAUCUGAAGAGCCACAAUUACCAACACAAGUCCAACCUGUUCUUACUCAGGGUGUUACUGUUACCCCAGAAACACCUCAGACAUUUUACUCUCCAUAUUUCACAAACAAAACUUCAGUUCUGUCUACUAUACAUUCAUCUCCUGAAUCAAAACCAUUUUCUUCUACAGCUGCAUCAUCAGUCAGUACUACUCAAAGUUCAAAACCUGAAAUAUCAUCUGAGAUGCAAACACCUUCUGUGAGUUCACUGCUAAUGAUACCUGAUCAUCCAAAUGACACAACAGCUCCAUCAGUUUCCUCAUUUGCCUAUUUAUCUACCAAACCACUUCGUGACUUGACUAUAACACUUUCUGAUGGACUGGCAACAGCUGAAGCCGUGUCAAGAGUCACAGCAUCACCUUUUAUGGUGCCUCAAGAAACAGCAACUCUUCAAACUUGUACACCAAUCACAGAGAAUGAGUGCAUAAAACACAUUUGCUUGGAUGGACAACUGAUCCAAGUUAAUAAGUCCCAGAACUGCCCAUACAAUGCAACUCAACCCAGCUGUGGACUUUUAGGAUUUGCCACUCAAGUGAAUGGUGACAAAUGCUGCCCAAAGUGGGAAUGUGCAUGUCGUUGCACCAUUUUCUCUGAUCUGAGCAUUGUAACCUAUGAUGGAAAUCAUUUGGCUUUAUUCAAAGAAGCAUCCUACAUUGUUAGUCAAACUCAAGAUGAAACUAUAACCAUCCAUGUCCUUGACUGUAGAAUGAGUAAUUCAAAUUCAACUUCUUUGUGCCUGGCAACGUUGAAUCUAACCUAUGUAUCAAACCAAAUUAUUAUCAAUCGUUUAAGUAGAAAAAUAACAGUAAAUUCAAGAUCUGCUUGGCCUACUGUUAGAAAAUAUGGGUACAAAGUUGAAGAUUCAGGCUUCAAGUAUGCGGUUGAGACCCCAUCAAAAAUCAGAAUUCAGUGGUUUCACAAUACAGGUGUGAUGAUUAUUGAGUUUAAUAGUAGCAGAGAACCAAGCACUUUGGGACUAUGUGGGUUUUGUGAUAGAACCUUGGAAAACGACUUGAUGCUACCCAACAGGACAGUUUUAAGCAAAAGCAGUUCACCAUCGACUUUUAUAGACAGCUGGCAAGUGCCAGACACAUUAAAGUAUGCUGGAGAAGACAGGCAUCAGGAAACUAAUUGCUCACUCACAGACUGCUCAGAGUGCUUAAGAAUGGUGUUGAACCAGACCUUCAGCAGCUGUCAUCCUUAUGUUCCACCUGAGCUGUUCUGUGAUAUAUGGGUUCAAGACACUGAGUACAUUCGAAAUCCAUGCGUUUCCCUAGCUGCCUAUGUGGCAAUGUGCAACAAAUUUAAUAUUUGUAUAGAAUGGAGGAGCUCUGAUUACUGCCCCUUCCCCUGCUCAGAAAACUUCUCAUAUCAGCCUUGUAUAGCUGCCUGUGAGGUUCCAGAUAGUUGUCAGAAUAAUGAGGUUGCUUCUCUGGAUUCAGACUCCUGCUCAGUGUUGACAGAAGGCUGUGUGUGUGCUGGAGGGACCAUCCUUCACCGAACUCAUACUGCUGUCUGUAUUCCUGAAGAAAAAUGUGCUUGUACAGACAGCUCAGGAACACCUCACGCAGUGGGUGAGAUCUGGAACACUUCUUUGAGUGGAUGCUGUAUGCAAAAAUGUGUUGACAGUGAGACUAUUAUUCCAGUGGAGUACAACUGUUCAGAUACCCACAAUUUAGACUGUCAGCGAUUUGCAGAAGUGACCUUGCAUGUUCCUGGUGAUCAGACAUGUUGUCCUCAGAAGAUCUGUAUUUGUAAUCAGAGUCUCUGUGAACACCUAAUCCCUGAGUGUAAUGCCUUGGAAAAGUUGGUCACUUACUACAGUGAAGAAUCCUGUUGUCCCAGCUACGUUUGUGAAUGUGAUCCAGAAAAAUGUGAACCAAUGGAGGAGAUACCAAGCUGCCAGGAUGAUCAAACACUAAUUGCUGCUCGGGUGGAGAAUACCUGCUGCAUUUCCUAUAUAUGUGCAUGCGCGGCUUGCUCUGAUCAAAUACCCAAAUGUCAAGAAGGAGAAGUUCUUAUUGUGGAUGGUAACACUACUGACAGGUGUUGCCCUAUGUACCAAUGUAUUUGUGAAAUACAUCGUUGUCCUGAAUUCAGAUGUAUGCUGGGCAUGUCUUUGGUAGAAGUGUGGAGCCCAGAGAAGUGCUGCCCCUUUCGGACAUGUGAGUGUGCAUGUGAAACAAUCCCCAAACCUCAGUGCAAACUGGGGCAGAAACUUCAGAUAGAUGAACAGUUUCAGAACAGUACAGAAAAUAUCUGUAACUGUGUGAAGUACAAAUGUGUGAGAGACAAAGUUUGCCUGAGUAAUGAGAGAGGUGUGCUGCUUCCUGGACAGAGAAUCGUGGAACACAGUGCAGAUGGCAUUUGCCACAUUUCUUAUUGUACAAAUGUGAUUGAUCCCUCCACUAAAUACUACCGAAUAAACACAUCUUCGAUAGACUGUGCUGUCAAGUGCAAAGCUAACCAAGUCUAUCAGCCUCCAAAAGAUUUAACAACUUGCUGUGGUAGCUGCAAGAACUUGUCUUGUCUCCACACUUUCAGCAAUGGCACAGUUUCCAGUUUUAAGCCUGGUGCUGUUUGGAUUUCAAACUGCAUCAGAUAUGAAUGCACUAACACAGCAAUAGGACCAGUUCUGGUUUCCUCUGCAGUUGGCUGCCCACCCUUUAAUGAAACUGAAUGUGUAAAGGUUGGAGGCUACGUUGUGCCAUUCUUAGAAGGAUGCUGCAAAACAUGUAAGGAAGAUGGAAAAUUCUGUAAGAAGGUGACUGUUAGGAUGACUAUCCGCAAGAACGACUGCAGGAGUAACACACCAGUGAACAUUGUUUCAUGUGACGGGAAGUGCCCUUCUGCAAGCAUUUACAACUACAACAUCAACACGUAUGCAAGGUUCUGCAAAUGCUGCAGGGAGCUCGGGCUGCAGAGACGGACUGUGCAAUUGUACUGCACCAGUAACUCAACCUGGGUCAGCUAUUCAAUCCAAGAGCCCACAGAUUGUUCUUGCCAAUGGUCUUAAAAAAAAAAAACAUAAAAGGAAAGAAAACAGAAAGCCCAGCUGUUCCCAGCAUAAGAUGAUUUUAAUAGUUUAUCUCUUAAAAAUAAA